AACCUGCCCACCGUCUCUUCUUUUUUUUACCUGCUUAUGGCUUACCGUUUCCUUUGAGCAGAAGGUCUGUAAUUUGCUAUUAUCCUUUUAUCUGAUAACAAGAAAGGACCUAGGUAUUCAUUAUGUGGCUACUUUAUUAGGUAAAAUUUUACUCUUCAAUGUGAAUGCAAGUACAACACACACAUACAUACAUUCAACUACUCAGUCUCUCCAAGCAAGCGGACAGGUCAAUUUUUGUACUUAUUGAAAGCAUCAGAAUACUCAGCACAAAUGUCCGAUAAACUUUCGAUCUGUCGCAGAUCUUAAAAUGCAAUCUAAUUGUACCGAAGACACCUGACUCAGAAGCCUGACCAUCAUUACCUAAGCUAGCCAGAAAAGUGUCCAUCCAGAAAAUAUGAGUCCUUUAGCAACAAUCAACGCCUCCAUGAUGGCCCUGCGCCUCACAGUCAAAAAAUGGACUCCUAUUGUCCUGUCAAAUGCCGCAUUACAUGAUGAAGAAAUUCCCAGAAGUUUUACGGAAGGUCUAACUGAGUAUGAAGAUAUUGAACUUCCUGCGCGGAAACGACUCAAUGUUACAAAAAGAGUGCCUGAUAUCCCGCCGAACAUCAAAUUCCCAAAAAUGGCGAAGAGGAUUGGUCUGAUGCAGGGUCGUGAGGAUGUUCAUAACACUCUCCUUCACAAGCAGUUUGGCAUCAUUGCUUUAAGAGGUGGGAGAUUAAAGGUGAAGCAUUUCGAGCAAAUCAGAAACACAACCUUUAGGCAUUUAGACAAGGAGAAGCAAUUCGCCAUUUACAGAGUUGAAAUGCCAUGGCAGCCACUUUUCAGAAAGGGAAUCGGUCAUAAAAUGGGAGGAGGCAAAGGAGGAAUUGCAGAAUACUGCACUCCAGUCAGACCAGAUCAAGUCAUCAUUGAAGUUGGUGGCCUUUGCAGUUACUUUGAGGUGGAGACGUGGCUUACUCAUUUGGCCAACAGAAUGCCAUUCAAAUCCAUGGCGGUGAGUCAAGAGAUCAUGGAAAGGAGAGCUGAGAACUAUGCCCAUAUUGAGAAACUCAAUGAUAAUAAGUGGAAUCUGGAGUAUAUUUUCAAAAAUCAAAUGGGCUCCUCAAAAAGGUGGAUACGACGACAGGAUUACUUCCACUUUGGAAAGUACUACUAGAUUUACGCGAUUACUAUGAACAGUAAAUUUGUGUAGCCUCAAUGUAAGUUUUUUGUAAUUUUUUGUUAUUGCCAAUGAAGAACUUUGAAACCAUAA